UGACGGUUUGUUUGAUCGUGAUAACUCUAUCGGCUCAGCUAUAAGCCAGUUUAAUCAGAGAGCUCAUAGCGCAGGGAGUGUGUCAAUGAUCGUUUGAAUAUGCAGUCUGCAUGACGGUGUUGUCGUUGAUACGGAGCGAUGCGGCGGCUGUACGUCGGUGGGUUGAGCCACUCAAUCACCCAGAAGGAUCUGAAGGAUCGAUUCGGAAAGUUUGGAGAUGUGCAGGACGUGGAGCUGCGGACCAGGAGGGACGAGGAGGGUGUUCCUUACAAAACCUUCAGCUACAUUAACAUCGACAUCUCAGAUGCUGACCUAAAGAAAUGUCUGACGGUGCUCAACAAAUCCAAAUGGAAAGGAGGAACUCUGCAGAUUGAAACAGCCAAGGAGAGUUUCUUACACAGACUGGCUGAGGAGCGGCAGGCGGCGGUGGAGCAGCGCCUCCAGCCGCCUGCAGCUGAGGACAACAGACAGAAGCUGCUGGACUCCCUGAGCAAAGCCGGCGUGGACAACUUCACCAUGAAGGCUGCGGUGCCGGGGACCGAAGUACCAGGACACAAGGACUGGGUUGUCAGUAAAUUCGGACGAGUCCUCCCCGUCAUGCAGCUCAGGAGUCAGAAAGGCAACAAAGCUCGAACCAUGAAGUACGACCCGUCCAAAUACAGCCACAACAUCCGCAAGCUGGACCGAAACGCCACAGACCAGUCCACACCUGUCACCCAGCUCACCUGGGAGGUACAGGGAGGGGAUGAUGACAUCAGCAAAAAGAGGCGGGGCGAGUUCCCUCCGUAUGAGCCACCAAGACCCAAGAGGAGUCGGAAAGAUGUGGUCAACUCCCAUAAUGCUGCGGGCAGAACCAGGUUUGAACAGACCGUUCCCUCUGUCAGUCACACUGAGUCUCAUCACUUCACCAACGGAUUUCAACUACCAACCAGCCACCGACCGGCUCAGAGGAAGUGGGCCCCGUUGACUGACGGCGAUGUUGAUUCAGACGAGGAAAUCCGCAGACUGGUGGCGGCUCAGGACACCUCCCAUGGUGCACUUUGUCAGGGAGUGGAGGAGGAUAACCUGGAAGUGGUUGGACUCGACUACUUGGUGAAGCCGGGACGUUCCCAGCAGAAAGGUGGGCCAGAUGAUGAAGACGAGGAUGACUAUGACUCAGCUGACACAGAUGAACUCUUUGCCUCCAGGAAACCUCCUCCUCCUCCUCCAUCACAGGAGAAACAGACUCUGCCCACUGCAGAGCACCUCUCAGGGAACAACACAGACAGGAAGAGAAAGACGAAAAAGAAAAGUAAAGCUGGAGUAGAAGAGGAGGAGAAGGAGGAGGAGGAGGGUGAUUCAGCAGAUGAUGAAGAUCACCUCUCCUGCAGGAAACCAGCACAGCAGAGAGGGGAUUCUGCUAAACAGAGUUCUCAGAAACAAGGAAGCAGCUCGGAGAAGCAGAGUAAGAGGAUGGCAGCCCUCCCUGUUGUAAAACCCGCUUUGUCAGAAUCAGAUAGUGAUGAAGAUGAUGAAGAUGAAGAUGAUGAGGAGUUAGAAUCAGCUGAUUCCUGUUCAGAUUCUGACUAUGAAGCCAUGUUUUCUAAUGUCACCUGUCUGGAGAUCUCCCUGGCUGAUCUACAAAGGCUAGCUGAAGAAUCCCAGCAGACCUCUGAAACUACACCUCCCAGCAUCCUCAGCGCCGGCCCCGAACAAGAAACUAACCAUAUAUCCAGCCCUGCGGAGCGGCCAGCGCCCAAGAAAGGCACCACGCCAGAGGAUAUCCUCGCCUCCAUCAUGGAGGACGACAGCAGCGAUGACGAACAGAAGAAGAAAAAGAAGAAAAGAAAAGGAGUCACGUCAGCACCGCUGCCUGCCUUCCAGGGAACAAAAACAUUGAGCGAGGGAUCAGAAACAAACGACUUCCAGAGGAGACACAAAGAGGAGGAGGAGGAGGAAGAGGAGGAGGAGGAGGAGGAAGGAGGUACUGUCAAAAAACAGAAGCUGGACUCUGAAGUUCCUCGAGUCGACCGCAAAACAGCUGACGGCAAAACCAGCAGGACUCUGAGCGAACAGAAACACGUAGAGGAGACGACGUCAGAGAGCGAGGAGGAAGAGGAGGAGGAAGAAGAGGAGGAAGAAGAGGAAGGGGAAGGAGAGGAAGACGUAGAAGAGGAGAAGAAGUUGGUUCCAAAUAAAGCUGAGACUAGUUCCUCCUCUAGCAGUGAUGAUGAUGAGGUGGAGGAAGAGGAGGAGAGGAUGAAGGCCAGUCUUACAGCCAAAGCUGCAGCAAAGGCUUCACCUUCAUCUUCCAGCUCCGCCUCUGAGGAAGACGAGGACGAGCAAGAGAUCAUCUCUGCUGAAGGUGUUGGGAAAAAGGCAACGCCCCCUGCUCCUCACAGUGAGGAGGAGGAGGAGGAAGAGGAAGAAGAAGAAGAGCGGGCUCCUUCCAGGGUGACUUUAGGAGCUGAGGAGGAAGAGGAGCUGCAGAGGAAGGCCAACGUCAGGAGACUAGCUGCCAUCCAGCAGAGACUCAAACAGGCUGAAGAACACAAGAAGCUCAUCCAGGGAGCUCUGUCCAACCUGGAUGCCCCGACACCAGGAGCAGGGAAGCACAUUGUCUUUGGCUCUGAUGAGGAGGAUGAUGAUGAUGAUGAUGAAGACAAGCGCCAGACAACCUCAGAGAUCACAAUGUCAAAGAAGACCCUGUUCCAGGACAGCCAAUCAGAGGACGAAGCCACAAGUGAUGAGGCAUCAGCCAAUGAGAACAAGACAAGAAAAGAGAAGAAGCCGUCGGGGCCUCAGCUGUUUGGCGGCAGUGAGGAUGAGGAGAAUGGCGACGAAGAGGAGGAUGGCGGGAGGUUUGACAUCAGGCCUCAGUUUGAAGGUCGAGCGGGUCAGAAGUUGAUGGUGCUGCAGUCUCGCUUCGGGACAGACGAGCGUUUCCGAAUGGACUCUCGUUUCCUGGAGGAGGACGAGGACAAAGGCGAAGAGUCAGAGAGGAAGAGGAGCGUGGCAGACGAAGAUGAGGCUCUGGAGGAGGAGAAGAAGAAGAACCUCUCCAUCUUGCAGAGCGUCCUCGGCAGCAGCCAACAAACCUGCAGCAGCAAGACUGCCAGCAAAGCCAAGACCUUCAGAGAUGUCUCGGCGCUGCAUUAUGACCCCAGCAGAGAAGAACAUGCUGCAUUUGAGACCAAAACAGAUGAAAUCAAGGAGAGCAAGUCAGCCAGAAGGAAAAAGAGGGAAGAGGCUCAGAAGCUUCCAGAGGUUUCUAAAGAGAUUUAUUUCGACGUGUCCGGUGACCUGAAGGCCGUGUUUGGUCAGACAAAAGAUGACGUCACUGGAGGAGAAGAGAAGACAAACUGGGACCAAGAGGAGGAGGAGGAGGUGGAGGAGGAGGAGGAGGAGGAGGAAGGAGGAGGGAAAGAUGAAGAGCCGACCCUGCUGUCAUCUCUCGUCCCGACUCAUCCCAGUGCAGAGAAUGAGGAGUCAUCUGGAUUUAAGUUUUCCUUCUUUGGAGAUGACACAGAAACAGGAAGUAAAGAGACAGCAGAGUACAAGGUGGAGAGCAUCCAGGCUCCAAAGGUGUCAUGGCAACAAGACCCACGUUUCCAUGACAGCUCAGAGGAGGAAGAGGAAGAGCAGGAGGAAGAUGAGGAGCAAAGCAACACUACUGCUAAAACCACAGAAGAGGAGACUUCUUCAAAGACCGAUCUCUUCUUCUUCUUUUACCCUGAAGACAGCAGAUUGACAGAGGGUCCCAGGUUGUUCUUUCGUUCAUCUCAGCUGGAGGAGCAGAGGGAGCAGUGGGAGGAAUGCAGGAGCACACUCAGACAGGAGUACCGCAAGAAACAUAAGGAUGCCAGGAGGAAACUGAAGUCCUCCCUGAAGAGCUGAGGAUUGUGGGACAUGAAGUCUGGGUUUCAGUUUGCACACCAUGGUCUGGACUUUACAGUUCAGGGCUGACAGGUUAUUUCUCCCACUUGAUGCUAUAUUAUGCACAGACUGAUUUGAACAAUCAGCGGGACGGAGACCAACCGGCAGCUGAAGACACAGACCUAAAGUGAAAGUUUGAGAUCAUCAGAAUAUCAGAUUCAUUUUUUAUUUUAGUAAAUCCUGAGAGGUAUUUUGUGGUCGAAGCUUCCUAUUGAAACAGAUGUAUGUGGUUUUUGUUGAUUGCCACAGAAGCAAAUGCUGCUAAUGAACUGAUGGACAAUCAGCAGCAGCAGCCAAUUAGGAAAUAAACAAAUAAACAAAAUGGUCAAAUGAACAGAGAAAUAAGUGCAUUGAUAAUAAAAAUUAAAUAUGAAAGGUUUUCUUGAUGCAUAGCCAUUUGUUUUUCUAUGUAUUUUGGCCAUUCUGUUUAUUCUUUGUUUUAAUUGGUCAGUUUUGGUCCUCCAUACGUCACUUCAUAUUUCCAGGCUGGAAACGGAGGGAUGUCAUCAGUUGUGAUCUGAUAACGACUUAUCUCAUUGUGGACUUUGGUCUUUGCCUCACAGUUUGUUUGAUGAGAAGCUUCAGUGUCACUUUGUGCUGUAAAAUAAAUGAAAUGAGAUUUUCA